UGGGGAGCUGGCGGGAGGGGGUCGCGCUUCCGACCUUCCUCCUGGGGCGCGCGGCGCGCUAAGCGUCCGGAGGCGCGACGCCGCCGCUGGGAGGGGGGGGUGACCUGCCGGUGGCCGCGGCGUCGCGGACAGGCAGGAUGUUCCGGGGUCUGGGCAGCUGGCUGGGCUUGAACCCGCCGUCCGAGGGGGCCGGGCCUCCGGAGGGCGAUGUCCCGCCCGAGCCGAGCUCCCUGGACGGGACGGAGACGACGGCCGACGGGCCCCCGCAGCCGGAGGUGGACCAGGACAUCCUUCACCAGGCCAAAGGCCUUGGAAGCUAUCUAUUUAACUUCGCUUCGGCCGCAACAAAGAAGAUCACGGACUCUGUUACCGAGACAGCACAGACCAUCAAGAAGUCGGUAGAGGAAGGAAGGAUAGAUGGCAUCAUUGACAAGACCAUCUUAGGUGAUUUCCAGAAGGAACAGAAAAAAUUCCUGGAAGAACAGCAUACCAAGAAGUCAGAAGUCGCGCUGCCCCCAUGGGUCGACAGUCAUGACGAAGAGACCAUUCAGCAGCAGAUCCUGGCCUUAUCUGCGGACAAGAGGAAUUUUCUUCGUGACCCUCCGGCUGGCGUGCAGUUUACCUUUGACUUCGACCAGAUGUACCCAGUCGCCCUGAUCAUGCUGCAGGAGGAUGAGCUGCUGAGCAAGAUGAGAUUUGCACUCGUGCCCAAACUAGUGAAGGAAGAAGUCUUCUGGAGGAACUACUUUUACCGCGUCUCCCUGAUUAAGCAGUCGGCCCAGCUCACGGCCCUGGCCGCCCAGCAGCAGGCCGCCAAGCAGGACGGGAAGGCCCAACGCGGAGAAGACGCGGCACCGCUCACAGAGGCAGUACGGCCCAAAACACCGCCCGUUGUUAUCAAAUCUCAGCUCAAAACACAAGAGGAUGAAGAGGAGAUUUCCACCAGCCCUGGCGUGGCCGAGUUUGUCAGCGAUGCCUUCGACGCAUGCAGCUUCGAUCAGGAGGACCUGAAGAAGGAGAUGGAGCAGCUGGUGCUAGACAAGAAGGAGGCCGAGACAGCGGCCCUGGAAGAAGAUUCCGCAGACUGGGAAAAGGAACUCCAGCAGGAACUUCAAGAAUACGAAGUAGUCGCAGAAUCAGGAAAAAAAGAUGAAAACUGGGAUAAAGAAAUCGAGGAAAUGCUUCAGGAGGAAGAUUAACUCUUUCCUGAGUCAAAAGCAUAAUCCAAUAACAUUCUGUAACUGACAUCUGGACAUUCAUUAAAUCAAAAGGCACAUGUGUAAUUCCAAAUUAUUCUUUUUCCAAGCUAAAGCUUGACUCUUAUAUGUAAAAUAUAUAUAUAUAUGUAUAAUGAAUACAGUUAUUCUAAUCAAAGGGA